AUGAGGAUACUACUUGUUGUAAUUUUGCUCAUCUUUUUUGGAUCUAUUCCAAAAACUUAUGAGCUACCAUGGGAUGAGUUUUACCUAUCACUAUAUUGGCCUCCGGGCUACUGUUUCACUGCUAAAAAUUGCUAUUACCAUAGAGUUACAGAAACAUUUACCAUUCAAGGGUUCUGGCCUAUCGAUUAUGCUGACCGAAGUCCACCAAUACCAUGGAAUGGUCACAAAUACGACCAUAGUCUGAUGUAUGAUGAAUUGAUAGUCCAAUUGAGUACAUCAUGGCCAGAUUAUCAGGUGAAUAGGCUGAAAGAAGCUUUUUGGGCCGAUGAAUGGAACAAACACGGCAUCAUUUCAGAAAGCUUGAUGUCUACCAUGGCUGCAAUUUUUAAGAAUGAAGACUAUGUAUCACCUUAG